AUGUCUUUGAAUGCUACAAAUAUGUCACCGCCCUAUCCACAAAGAAAUGCCAUCGUAGGCCUCACACCCACUCGCAUCAUCGACAUCCCAGUCAGCACAAUCUUCAUGCUCCUCUUUCUCCUCGCCGCAAUAAUCCACAUGACACUCCUCCAAAUAAACUUUCGACGUGGCCAAAAAUUCCUCAUGUCAGGCAUGGCAUUUGGAUUCUCCUUUUCCCGAGUCAUCACCUGCAUUUUACGUAUAGUCUGGGCCUCCUAUCCUGACAACAUCAAACUCGCGCUCGCUGCUCAAGUAUUUGUUGCCGCGGGCACCACAUUACUAUUCCUCAUCAAUAUCAUCUUCACCGGUCGUUUGUUGAGAGCUUAUCACGCGUGGGCUUGGAAUGUAUGGAUCCGGAAUACUUUUCGAGCGGCAGCAGGGACGGCUUAUAAGCCGAGGGAAAUUGACGAUCCGGCUUGGUAUCAUAGUAAAGCUUGUUUUUAUAUUUUUGACUUUGGCAUCGAGAUUGUGGUUCUUUAUGUAUAUGCGGCGAUGAGGGUGGAUAGGAGAUUUAUUGUACCGAAUGCGACGAAGGUGGAGGGGGAUUUUAGAAAAGGGGGUGAGGGGGGAAUGCCGGUUAAGGGAGAAGAAGGUGAGAGGAGUGUUAGGUGGGAGUGGAUGAGGGGAUGGAAGGGGGAAUGGAGGGAGUGGAAGGUUGAAGGAGAAAAGGAUGAGGGUAUUUUUUCAGACACGGUUAGGGAGCAAAAGGGAAGAAAUGAUGUGGAGGAGGGAGAGACGGAGACGGCGGUUGGUAGUAAUGCUAGUGGAGGAGUUACACCGGAGGUUACAGGAAGCAGAGAGGAUGUUAAUGUUGAUGCUGAUAUUGAGAAGGGUAACAAGUGA